AUGGAACAAAAGACAGUCCUGAUAACUGGCUGCUCCACAGGGAUUGGCCUUGCUAUUGCUGCUAAACUAGCAACUGAUGAACAGAAGCGAUUCAAAGUUUACGCAACCAUGAGAAACCUGAAGAAACGGGAAGCGCUGGAGGAGGCAGCGGGAGAGGCAGGUGAAGGGACCCUCCACAUUCGGCAGCUCGACGUGUGUGAUGAGGAGUCCAUUCAAAACUGUCUGAACAGCAUCCCGGAGCGUCACAUUGACAUCCUCAUUAAUAAUGCAGGGAUUGGACUGAUCGGCCCAGUCGAGUGCCUCAGCAUCGAGGAGAUGAAGGCUGUGUUCGAGACAAACUUCUUCGGUGUUGUCCGGAUGAUUAAAGCGGUUCUGCCAGACAUGAAGGCACGGAGGAACGGCCACAUCGUGGUCAUGAGCAGUGUGCUUGGUCUACAGGGGAUCAUGUUCAAUGAUGUCUACGCUGCUUCCAAGUUCGCUGUGGAAGGGUUCUGUGAGAGUCUCGUGGUUCAGACCCUGAAAUUUAACAUCAAUAUCACCCUGAUAGAACCAGGGCCAGUGGUGACAGAGUUUGAGAAGAAGGUGUUUGAGGAAGCAGUGAAGGCCGAUUACUCCAGCACGGACCCAGACACGGCUGACAUGUUUGUGAAGGUUUACCUGGAGAACACCAAGAGCAUCUUCUCAAGCACGGGCCAGAGACCAGAGGACGUUGCUGAGGAGACAGUGAAGGUGAUCACCAGCGAGAAGCCACCAUUUCGCCUGCAGACAAACCCUCUGUACACUCCCAUGACAGCACUGAAACACGUCGACCCCACGGGAGAGCUUGCCACCGACGUCUUCUACAAGAUGUUAUUCCAAUACAACAAGCUGAUGCGUGCGAGUGUGGGCGUUGUCCGUCUCCUUCGCUGGAAGGCACAAAAGAUGCAACAGGGGCUGAAGAUGCUGGGACUUUACUGA